AAUUCCAAUCCUAAAAUUUACUUCUCUCAAGUUAUUUUCUUUGUAGUGUUUUUAUUGAAAAAUUUUUAAAAUUUAGAUUAUAGAAUAGAGCUCUGUACUAUAGAAGAAUUUUAGCAAUUCGUAAUUGUUCUAAAUUGUAGUAAUUUUGAUGUUAGAUAUUCGUUGAGUAUUAUUAAUCAGUUGAUAAACAGUAUGACAAGGAAGAUGUUUAUUCCAUAUGAUAUUGCAAGAACGAGUAUUUCAGCAUUUGUGGACAGUUCUUAUAAUGAUUGACAGCUACUGUAUCCGAGGACAAGUCAUUGGAUGGAAUCUUAUGCCCUUUUUUGGAAAAUUUACUUGCGUCCAAUUUUCGGUACACUAUUCGGUAUCCUGGGCUAUAGGAGUUAUUUCUAGGGACCCUAGACAAUAUUCUGAUCCCUAUAAAAUAAACUUUUCCAUUGGAUGUCGGAGAUGUAAACUCCCACUAUUUUUGUACGUAGCACGUGUAUCCGGUAAUCCCCAAUCUAGAACAUCAAGAACAUUCCAUAACUUGCGAGUCAGAACACGUUUUUAGAAAUUUAUCCCAGGAAUUGUCUUUUUAUCAAUAUUGAGCAACAAUGUUGGCGUUUCUCAGACAAACGAUGGAAAGAAGACGCGAGUUCCUCCGAUUUGAAGCAAAACCGUCCGAAAGCGCUGAAAGUAUGGAUAUUAGUGAGGAAUUUUUGGAAAUUGUACAAUUGUCGUUUGACGCGAAAGAACUAAGUAAAAUCGGUGAACCUUCUAAAGAGAAAAACAAAAUGAUUAAUGAGCUACAGAUCAGGAUGGAUAUAUUGCUUCAUAAUAUCGAUAUUCAAGCGGAUGCAAAAUUUGAUGACGUUGUAGUUUUAGCGGUAGCUUUUUAUAACUGGGGUCUAGUAUAUGUUAAUUCUAAGGAAGAUUACGAAUUACAUAUUGCUUUAAAAUUUUUUGAAACAUGUUUACAUCUGUUACGAAAUAAAGAGUUAGAUCGUAAAGCUAUACUGACGUCUAUAGGUGCUCUUAACGAAAUAAAUUCAAUUUUUGUCAAAUUAGAGAAAAAUAAUUAUAUUUUUCACACAUCGAAAUCACCAAUGGAACUGUAUUUAGAGUACACGAAAGAGGAUAAUUAUCUUGAUCCUAUCCAUAUACCAAUUAUUGUUGGUAUUAAAGAAAAAGAAUCUAGUCCUAGGAUUAUCUUGGAAGAGCUACAUUUUAAAAGUUUAUGCGAUAUAGCAAAUCAAUAUUUGAUACAACCGGAAAAUAAGCAUGAUGGAUUUAUAACAUACAUGUAUAACUUAUUAAAGAAGCACCUGUCAGAAACGAUAUCCGAAGGAAGGCAGUUUCGAGAAGACUGUUUCAAUUGGGUUUCUACUUUAUUUGAUAUAUCAAGAUACUUUCUAUUGAACAAUCGUUUCGCUGAAGCUAGAAAUCAUCUUGCUACUGCAGAUUAUGUGAUACAGAGAUUUUCUGAAGAGACCUUGAAAACGAUAAAUCAACAAAAUGAAGUAUCAAGAUUGCGAUUUCUCUAUCUGUCUGAUAGUUAUGAUUACGUUUGUGGUGUUAGCGCUAGAUCUUGGGGCACCUAUGGAGUUUUACUUUUACGUUUUUGGAGGGAACGAUUUUUACAGAGUAAAGAUAAAAACUGUGAUGUAGACAAUUCAAAAUUAGGAAUCAAAUCUUGGGAGGACUCGAGCUUGCUAAUAUUUUCUGACGUAGAAAAAGAAACAGAAUGUAUAACUAAUCAGAUCACACAUACACGUGUAUUAAAUCUCGCUGAUGCCAAAUCUGUUUUUACAAAAAUUUUGAACCAUCUUGAUGCAGCAAAGGAAUAUUUUACUGCCGAUACUGACAUUGAAAAUUAUGCAAAAAUAAUGCUUGAUGUUUCCGCAGCGUAUAAGUAUUUAGCAGGUUUUGAACAAGGCAGAGAUGUUCAGCUGAAACUACAUAAACGACGAGUAGAGUUUUUAGAGGACGUUUGUAAGAAAUUUCAUACAAUAAUUGAUACAGAAUUUGUAACUUAUAAACGAGUUUGGUGCGAGGUGGUAAUUGCUUGUUCCACAGUUAUGGAUUUAAUGCUCGAGGAAACGUAUCAUGACGAAUCUAAAAUAAUGUCGAAGGAAGUUGAUCGAUAUGCGAAACUGAUCUUAGGAAAUAUUGACUUAUAUUUACAUGUAGCUUAGGUCUUUUAGAAAAUAUUUAGCUUUUUCUAAGAUUCACAUGUUUCUCACUUGUAACAUUAAUUUAUACUAAGAAAUAUUAUUUUAAUACAUUUCUUUAUUGU